GCUACUACAAAGACAACAACAAAAAACCCUGAAGAGUUUUUUAAGAAAACAUCUGUGUAGGACAUAAAAAAUCAGGAAUUAAUGUCCGUGCCCUGCGGCCUUUGCCUUACUCCGAAGAGAAGAGGAAACAGGCUUGGCUUGCGGAUUUGAACUUUAAAAAAUCCUACGGAGAGAGUUUACGUGUUUUGGUUUCAUUUCGUCGAUAAAAAGCCCACAUCCGGAUCCCGAGCUCUACCUGGGUCACCAUCAAGGCAGACGGAAACAACUUCAGGAAACUAACGGACUUGGUGAGAAGAUGUCAGAAGACGCAGUGCGUCAGACACGUAGUCAAAAGCGGGCGCUGGAGCGGGAUGCCCCUGCUUCGGAGGCCGACUUGAAGAGGGUCAAGCUGGAGAGAGGAGAGCUGGGAGCUGUAGAUGGACUAAAGACCAGAAGCGAACAGGCCAACAAGGUGGCUAACAUCCUGCGGGCCGGGGAGGUGAAGGCCACCAUCAAGGUGGAGGUGCAGACCAGCGACGAGCCUGUGGACAUGAGCACAUCUAAGAGUGACAUAAAGAAAGAGCGACCUCCGACCCCAGAUGAUGUCAUUGUUCUGUCGGACAAUGAGCCCUCCAGUCCUUGUGUGAAUGGGGUCAGCUACAGUUUUAAGAAGACGGACACUGACAUGCUUAUGAAAAGCAGCCCGGCUGAACGUGAGCACAUCAUCAAACAGCUGCAGGAAGAACUGCGUCUACAGGAGGCCAAACUCGUCCUGCUGAAAAAACUCCGACAGAGUCAGACCCAAAAAGAUGUUGUGCAAAAGUCAACCAAUUCUGUGGCUGCUCCGCCACCUCUCAUCAGGGGCAGCCUCUCGUCCAAUAAAGGACCCCUCCAGGUCUCCAACCGAAACUCUGGGACAGUCAUUCCUCCUCCUCUGGUUCGAGGUGGAGCGCAGGUCUCCAAGCUCGGCUCCCAUAAUACCGUAGUCAUGCCACCCUUAGUCAGAGGCUCCCAGCCCAUCGCUGUGACCCCGCAGCAGAUUGCGACCCUACGGCAGCAGCAGCAACACUCGGGGACGGGUCCCCCUCCUCUGCUGCUGGGUGCACGCUCCUCCGUACCCAGCGUACAGGUGCAGGGCCAGAGGAUCAUUCAACAGGGCCUGAUCCGUGUGGCCAAUGCAAACGUCCUGGUCUCACAGGCCUCUUCCACCGGUUUGAAGAGCUCUCAGUCUGGUCUGGGCAGCAGCACCAAUGAGUCUCCUGCCAGCCGUCAGGCCGCCGCCAAGCUUGCGUUAAGAAAACAGCUGGAAAAAACCCUUCUUGAGAUACCACCACCUAAACCCCCAGCACCGGAGCUCAAUUUCCUGCCCUCGGCAGCUAAUAAUGAGUUCAUCUACCUGGUGGGGCUGGAAAUGGUGGUCCAGAACCUGCUAGAUACAUUGGCUAAAAGUAAGCAGCCGCAGACAGAGUCUGCAUCCACCCCGGCACCCAAGGAGCCUUUCACUUGCGUCCAGUGCCAGACAGACUUCACUUCUCGCUGGAGGCAGGAGAAGAGCAGUGGCUCCAUCCUCUGUGAGCAGUGCAUGAGCUCCAAACAGAAGAAGGCCCUGAAGGCUGAGCACACCAGCCGUCUGAAGGCUGCCUUCGUCAAAGCCCUGCAGCAGGAGCAAGAGAUCGAGCAGCGCAUCCUGCAGCAGGCCGCCUCGCCCGUCUCCAAGACCACCACCACCUCAUCAUCAUCUUCCUCCUCAUCCUCGCCGGUGAUUAAAUCCGAUCACGUGCUGGUGUCACCGCAGUAUAAGCAGGUGAGCACGUCGCUGUCUCAGCAGACCAACAGGGGCUCGUCGGUCGGUCGAUACCACACCACCACCACCAUCAAGCAGACUCCAGGCCAGCUGUCCCGUAGCGUACAGCAGGCAGUGAGUGGGGGCGCACGCGGAGUGAGCCACAGCUUCUCCAAUUCCACCCAGCUCCAGAAUGCCGUCAAGGCUGCCGCGCUGGUCAGCAGGCCAGGUAAGCAUGUCGUGAGGGCAGGGGAAAAGGGCACCAGCAGCAGAAACCCCACCACCAAUACCUGGAGGAAACAGACAAGCGGCACCGCAGGUGUCACCAUGGCUUACGUCAACCCCAGUCUGUCUGUGCACAGGACAACAUCUCCGGUCGACCGUCAGCGAGAGUACCUCUUGGACAUGAUCCCUUCCCGCUCCAUUUCCCAAACGGCAAACACAUGGAAAUAAUGCCCUGAUUAAUUCACCCUCAAAUUUCUCAGAAUUAUAAUCCUUUCUUUUUGGACAUUCGGUCGGUUAUCAGUAUCAGACAACCAGCCGUUAAGCAAUAAUAAAAAUUUUACAAAUUAUUAUAUUUUCUCUCUAUUUCUCCUUUGUUCUGAGACCCUUAGUUGUACAGUCCAAGGUAAGACCCCAUAGGCCAAUGAGCGUCCUAGAGGAGAACAGUACUGGGAUUAGUGAUCAAGGACCUUUUCUACAGGCCUUUGUAUCUGUCUACUGAAUCCCUCCAUUACCCAAUGGGCUUUAGUGGUCUAAUACACAUCACCCACAACUCCCAAUUCACAGCCCUCCAGGUGGAGUAAUUGCACCAUUAUGUGAAACUAAAGCCUCCGCUUAACACUUCUAGAGGCUCAUGGACACUUUUUCCCACAAGAAGUGGAGGACUCAGGACCAUAGAGUUCCUGCUUGAUGCCACGGAUUGUUUUACGAACUUUUUGUGGACCAUCUACACACCUUUAGCUACGUUUUUCCAACCCACAGCAUCUCCGAUAUGGGAGUGUAUGUUUGUGUAUUUGAUGUCAAUACAUUGCUUGUUUUGUUUUUUUAGCUUCACUGUGGACUCAUUCCACCCUUUUCAGAAUGGCCUUUUUUAAAGGCUAGAAGUUUAAAAAACUGUUAUACUGUUGAGGUGGUUAUACAUCUGCUGGUGUAGUGUGUGUUUUUGAAUACUCUGGGUUGUUUCUUUUUUUUCUUCGUAAGCUUAUAAAGACAUUUAUCCAAUAAUUGUGCAUCAGGGAUGGUUACAGAGAUGGAUGUAACUUACAAAAAGCAGCAGCCGCAACAGGACUACUACUAGACCCCUUCAUGUUUGAGCGAUUUGUUUGAGAUGAGCCUGACAGUAGCUUUUUUUUUUUUUUUUUUGCAGAAACGUUUUGUUACGCUUUUAGUUACCGUUGUGAUGUGCUCCCCCAUAGGCUUUCUUAUAACAGCGUCUAGGUAAUAUUUGGAUGUUGUGUUAUUUAUAAAUGUGACUGUAAAUGAAGGGAUAUCCCAUUAGCUCCUUCCCAAAUAGUUUCAAAGCCUUGUGAAAUUAAGAUCGGACCGUAUUUAGUAUGUUUCAAAUGCAAAUUUUUUUUGUCUAAUGCGCAGGUCAUUCAUGUCCUGUCUACCAUUUUAGAUCCUGUUGGAAGUCGUGCCGCUUAAGUCACGGCUUAAUCUUUCCUUAAAGGAAAUGUUUGGGUUGAAAGCAUUACUGCUUAUUGAAUGUAGCACACAAUCUUAGCUAAAUUGAGUCCUACCUGUUAGGUGGUGGUCUUGUUAUUUUUACCAUCUCUUAUUUUCCUUUCAUCUGAUAUGAUUUGCUAGCAGCACGCUUGGUAUUUUAGCUAAACAGUUAUGUAUGUUAUAUAGGACAGCUCGGGUCCUUUGUCAUCGCAUUCCAUCAACACGUCGAGUCAGUUCUGCUUCCGUCGAUUUGUUUUCCCGUUUCUCGAGACGAUCCAUUCUGUGAUCUUGUGGAAUGUUUUGGACACAGAGGCCCCUGUUUCUGACUGGUCUUUUGACUACUGCCGGCUGCUGACAACUAACACCAUUCCAUUUCCCCCCCGAGAUGCUGCCAUUGUUUUUGGAGCAUCUCUUUUAAGAAUAAUAAAAAAUAAAAAAAACGUUUUUUUUUUUCAUCUGUUUCUGCUCUAUCAGUUAAUAAUUAUAAUAAAAACAAAUUUUAACCUGU